CAUGUCAGAAUGCGGUCUUCCUAAGGUCACAACGCGUGUCGAUAUCUCGAGUUUAUCCUUUGUCACAAACCUGUAUCGCAAGUUCCGUCACAUCGCUAAAACACGAGGUGUUGUCGGAGGCAAAGGAGCCUUCGAUCGCCCAUCCAUCCUCACAUCGUUCGCAGUUCGCUCAUUUAUUUCAACAGCGAACGAUCGCACCUACCUGUAUAGUUGCUACAUUGUAUCAUAACAUAGCCAAAUUGGACUGACUCGAACAUCAAUCACCAUGAACAACAACUGCAAUCUCGUAUCAUGUUUGUUCCUCCUUCUCUCUUUUGCUUUUCCUUCCACCCACAGCCAACACGUGCGACGGGCAAGUACAUAUAAUGAUGAAUCACCUCCAUUUGUUCCGGGAGGUUUUGGUAGCGACCCUUUGGAUUCAAAUGAACCGGAACUUAAUCUUGAUGAGCAAGAUCAGGGCAUUCGCAAUGGCUUUGACAUCCCUCCGCUACCGUGGUUCGCUGUGUUUCAAGGCGGGACACUCUGUGGUGGUUCACUCAUCCACGGCGACAUAGUGUUGACGGCAGCUCAUUGCGUGGAUGACAACGGGUUGCCUCCGAGAGUUCGAGUGGGCGCGGGUGACUACUACAACGGGGGAAUCGUGACAGAUGUUGUGGAUGGCGUUCUCCACCCAAGUUGGUCCUGGCGACGAUCCUCCGAUCCGGACUUGGCCGUGUUGAAGCUUUCCUAUUUCCUGCCCAACCAAGUGGCGAUAGUCAAUGACGAUAACAGUAUACCCGCCGCAACUCAGCCAUCAGUCUUUGCCAUGGGUUUUGGAUUGGUCAACGACAAUGCUGUUUCUCGGACGCUCAAAGGCGGUUUAAUCCCAUAUGUUGACGACUGUUCCCGCCAAUCAUACACGUACAACCGCACUCGUCACUUGUGUGCCGAUUCUCGUCAAACGGCGACUUGUGGGGGCGACAGCGGGGCACCGGUUACGUUGGGUAUGAGCAGUAAUCUGCAAGUGGGGAUCAACUCGUAUUCCAAUGGCAAGUGUUCCUCCCAGACUAUUGACGUAUAUACACGCGUUAGCGUCUUUGCCGACUGGAUCAAGGAACAAGUAUGCGCGCUAUCAGCAAGGCCUCCAGAAUAUUGCUUUACCGAAGCACCCACCGAAGCAGCAACCACAAUAUCACCUACUACCACGGACACCGUCGACAACUCCGAAACAAUGGAUCCAUCUGAAACAGAUGCACCCACUGGGGCAGCAACCAGUGCAGCCACCGGUGCAGCCACCGGGGCAGCUAGCUACCGUUGACGGCACGAACUACCGGUACAGUAACUUGCUCCGACAGCACGAUGAACUGACUCGAACUUGAAUGGGGCGCACUAGACACUCACUCCUAUAGAUCAAAAAUAUUUUGUAGUUGGUAGAGGGUGAUUGCAAAGUAGUGUUUUGCCCUGCGUUCAGGUAGGUGAUGCUCGUUGAUUGGAAAACUACCGUAGUUUUUAAAAAGAUGUACUGGUAGCUAUAGCCAGGUCUUUGAAGCAACGUAACGCAAACCAACAAUACAACAUCCUCUGCUUUCACAAAGGGACAGAGUGAUGUUUGCCCAAGAAAACCAUUGAAAUUUUUAAAAUAAUGAGGAAACCAAAAGCCCGCACCAGCUCGGUGGUCCCUGUAUUCCCAGGCAACUUGUGUGGAAAAUGCACAACUAGCUACCGGUACAUGUAGCUCGAUCUGUUCAGGGCUUCGGGGUACAGUACCGUAGCUUGGAAAUUCCGUGCCUCGCGGCUUUGUUCGUUACCAUACUACUAACUAACUAAAGUAAUAUAAAGCCGUGAUUUGACUACAGAAGAUAUCAUUGUUUUGUUUUUGUGAAGGUUGUUGCUG